AAUUCUCCAUCAGUGUUUGUGAAACCGAUACAUUUUACACUUGCGUGUACACAUUGAAAGGAGAUAAGACAGCAACCAUGUCGUGUCCAGGGAAUAAAGACACGAAAGUCGCAGGAAGCUUGGAAAAAGACAAAACAUCCCAGACGACAGGUCCUAGUGAGAACCAUACAGAAACAGAUGGGUAUUUCUGCAGCAAUUCUUUCUCUAUGGACCCUGCGGAGGAGUAUAAGAUGAACCACAAGCGGCGAGGCCUGGCUCUCAUCUUCAACCAGGAGCACUUCUACUGGCAUCUGAGGAUGCCCCCCCGUAACGGGACCAAUGCUGACCGCUGCAAUCUGGUCAAAAGAUUUGAGGACUUGAACUUUGAAGUGCAGGCCUUUGAUAAUCUGAAGGUGGAGGAUGUUCUGGAUCAAAUCAGUCAGGCUGCUGAGGCCAACCAUGCUGAUGCAGACUGCUUCGUGUGCGUCUUUCUGAGCCACGGAGAGAACGACCACGUCUAUGCUUACGACGACAAGAUCGCUAUCCAGGACAUCACUGCCCUGUUCAAAGGAGACAAGUGUAAGAGCCUGGUGGGCAAGCCCAAGAUCUUCAUACUACAGGCGUGCCGUGGGGAUAAGCAUGACGAUCCAGUGACCCCCAUGGACGUGGUGGACAGCGAAGUGAAGACCAACGAGGUGGUGGUGGAUGCUGGGGUGGUCUACACCCUCCCUGCUGGCGCUGACUUCAUCAUGUGUUACUCUGUGGCUGAAGGCUACUAUUCCCACCGCGAGACCAUCAACGGCUCCUGGUACAUCCAGGACCUGUGUGGGGCCAUGCGGAAGUUCGGAGAUUCCCUGGAGUUCACGGAGCUCCUGACCCUGGUCAACAGGAAGGUGUCCAUGAGGAGCGUCGGGAAUUGUAACGACAAGACUGCCAUCGGGAAGAAACAGAUCCCCUGCUUCGCUUCCAUGCUCACCAGGAAGCUCUACUUCCGACCCAAGAAGCAGUAAGGUUUCCAUCCACUGGGCAGCUAUUACGUCAUUCCUGAAUCCUGCUGUAGUUGUUUUGAAAGUUUUUGGGGAGAAAGGUUGUCCUUGACUAUAAUGUCUGGUGGUUCUUUUUGUUAAAUGCUUGUCUACAUUAUUUCGAUGUUUGUCUUGAGAACCAUGAAAUACACUUCAUCAAGCUGUGCAUAUUCCCUUUAUUCUAAUCUUCUUUCAUAUGAAACCAAAUGGAGGUCAUGUCAUUGGCUGAUGAUUGUGUAUGCAGUGUUAUUUUAACACACAUUCUGUGGUGGCAAAACUGACCUAAAACAAAGCAUGGUACUAUACUGGUGAAACCUGCUUGGCUGCUCAGCUUCAGGCUUUCCCUGUUGGUGUUGACAGAGGUCAUGGAAUGUACCUGCAGGGCAGGUAAAAGAGUGACAUGAGAAUGGUAACUGAGCAUUAACAUUUCAAAUGACUUUAUUCUCAGUCUGUUUGUGGAUAGCUGUUUGUUAAGAGGGGAUUCUCAGUCAGUAAAGGAUUUUGCAUCACCAGUCCCUUAAGGCCUUUCUCGAGAGAAUACUGCUAACUCUUAGCCUUGAGUAGUGGUUCCCUGGGCUUGAUUUGUUUACAUCAACUAUCUGUGUCAAAUAUACAAAGACAUGUGCACAUUGUUUGAAGGAGGAUGUGGCUCUGGGGUUAAAUCCCUACCUUGCAUCCAAAAGGUGUGGCUUUGAUCCUUAUCUCUUGUGCAACUGUCUUUGUCCGACAUAGGAAGAAAAGUGCCGAUUGGGGUAAAGAGUGGGUGGCUCUGGGGUUGAACGUCUUCCUUGCAACCAAGAGGAUGUGGGUUCAUACCAUAUCAAUACCGUCCAGCACGGUGUUUCCUCCGACACAUUGGUGCGGCUGGCUUCCGGGUUGGAGGCGCGCUGUGUGAAGAAGCAGUGCGGCUUGGUUGGGUUGUGUUUCGGAGGACGCAUGGCUUUCGACCUUCAUCUCUCCCAAACCUGUACGGGAGUUGUAGCGAUGAGACAAGAUAGUAAUUAGUAACAAUUGGAAACCACAAUAUUAGGGAGAAAAGGGGGUAAAUAAUAAUAUGUUGCCUUGUUCUGUCAAAAAGGGAAUUUGUGUUAUUUCUCUUUGUACUUGGAUGUGCUUAGCCUUUACAACUCAAAUGUAGUUUUACAUGUUUUGAAAGCGGCAGGCUAAAUGUGUACAAACAACUCCAAUGUGGAAAGUACCUCUGGGAGUCAAGUGUCUAGUGUUUCAAAGACUAAGUAAAUACUGCAGGUUUGGUCACAUGACCUAGUGUACUACUCUGACUCAGGAAAACCAGUCCUAUACAUUGUUUACUGCCACUAUGGUGCCUUUGUUUGGUCAUUCAAAUUGGUCAUUAAUUAACUAUAAAAAAAUAACAGCUUUUUACCAUUGUUCUUUGUUAUUGAGGGUAUUUGACAACUGUUUUCAACUUAAGAUAAGAUCACUUUAUUGGUCAAUUACACCCCCCCACAUCCCAUCUGGGCUGGGAUUGGAAACCCUCCGGUUGCUGGCUCACAUCUCUCACCACUUGGCUACCUGUCGCUCCAAUACUGAACAACUUUAACACUACCAGUCUUUUUAAAUACCAUUUUUUGUACACCACAUGACUACAGGCAUAUUCUUCAGCCAGAAAAUAUGCGCAAGUGUGCAUUAUAUAACUCAGAUAAGACAACUCAGGGUACCAAUCAACCGACCAUCUCAUGUUUAAAAAAUAAAUAAUUGUUAGUCACUUGGGAGAUAUUUACUAAAGCAAUGACAAUGCAUGAGGUAUUACUCAUUUGUAUGUGAACCUGAGUGCUGGACACCAAUUCAUGUUUCUAUUUCUGAAUUGCUCAAGAAAAUGAGGACCAUUUUAGUCUCCAUGGGUGAAUAUAAGAAACCACUGCUUAGUAAAAGUAAUGUACUUGUAUUGUGGUCCACCAGGGAAAUGUAUCUUUGACCUUUUGGGAGAUUGGGUUUGCACUAAUAGCAUUUGGAGAGGUGCGUGGGGCUCCUAUUGAGUUAGAAUCUCUCAUUUAUAAAAUGACAGUUGUAAAACUGUUGAAAUAUGUUUGGGGUUUUGAUGAUUGAAACAAAAGUCUGAAUUGAGGUGCAAUAAAAUAUUGAAAUGUAA